GAGAGAGAGAGAGAGAGAGAGAGAGAUGCUGCUGUGGGCAUAAUUCUGCUCUAGUAACCCCUCACCUAGAUCAUCCAUUGUGCACGGCGCGCUGCAGGCUGAUAUCUUUGCGCUCUGCCCAGCUGUCACCCCCGGCAUUGGUCCACCAUACAGGCACACGUAGGCGCGUCUCCGACCGACCAACCCCCUUUUUCCCUGGCAGACGGAGCCGGCGAGCGGCGGGACAGCCAGCAAGGCAGCGUCGACCCCGCUGCGCUCCACGGGACGGCCGGAGCUCUGCAUCGACCCCGGGAGGCGAGACACUGCGCUGAGCCCCAGUACUGUGUGUGAAGCAGCACCAUGGCAGCUAUGGGACCUGGGGACAGAGCUGGAAUCGGGCCAGACGGGACGGCAGUCUGCCCGUCGGGACCACAGGCCUGCCUCGCUACAACGAGGCAGGACAGCGCCAGGCCUGACAUGCAGGGAAAUCUGAUGUAUAUGCAGUGCUGUGGUCAGGGAGAGAAAACGGUCAUGGGAAGUGGGCGUCACAAGAGCCUGGCUGCUCCCCUGCAGACCGUCGCCCCCACUAUCCCCCUCUGCAACGUGUCAGCCACUGCAGAGGCACCAUACAGUUUCCGCAGCCCAGAGUCAGUGGAGAUGGAUGAGAUCAUGGCAGCCAUGGUCCUGACCAGCCUGUCCUGCAGCCCCGUGGUUCAGAGUCCUCCGCAGGCAGACCCUGGACCAGGUGGCUCGUCAACGCCGGCUGACAUGGAGUGCGGUGGCGGUGAGCUUUCCGACAGCGGCAGCAGUGGCUGCUGGAGCUGGGACCACGGCAGCGUGAGCCCCGCCCCCUCGCCGUCCGUCACCGAGGUGGACAGCAGCCCCGACGAAGGCCUGCACAUGGAGCUGGAGCAGGGAGAGGAGCUCAGUGCCAAAAAGCCAAAGAGCUCUUUCCGAGGUGUGUACAAGUGUCUGUGGCCCAGCUGUGGCAAAGUGCUCACGUCUUCUGUUGGAAUGAAAAGGCACGUCCGGGUACUGCACCUUGGUGGGUCAGAGCAGUCCCAGAGAGAGGAGGACUUCUACUACACCAAGAUCUCCUGUGAGACUGUGGAUGCUGCCUCUGCUCCAGCUCCUUCCCAGCAUGCCCCGGGCCAGGCCUCGUCCCCUCAUCUCUGCUGGGCCUCCUGUGGUUCUCCUCCAGCGUUGGGGCAUCAGAUCCCCUCGGCGUCUAGGCCCAGGUCCAAUUCCAGCUCUGGGCCGGGACCAGGCAGGCCCAGCCCGCUCAGCCAGUCGGCCCCCAGCAGCUUCUGGCAGAUCCAUUCAGAGCAUCUCUAUCAGGCAUGCAGCCCCGUCCAGGUGUCCUUGGCCUCCCAGAACCCCGGCUCUCAGGGUUGGACCCCCUCCGUCUCUGUCUCUGGCCACAACAGCACUCCAAUGGUGAAGCCCCGCUGCCGGUCUGUCAGCGUCGGGGAGCAGUGGCUCCAGCAGAACAGCGCCUCCAACAGGCUGCAGGCCAUGAGUGUGUCACCCUCCCGCAGUCACUGCUCCUUUAGGAAGGGUCGCGGAGAGGCCAAAAAGUGCCGCAAGGUGUACGGAGUGGAGCGCAAGGACCAGUGGUGCACCGCCUGCCGCUGGAAAAAAGCCUGCCAGCGCUUCCCUGACUGAACAGCUGCCUGAUGGAGAGAGAGAGAGAGUGUGAGUGUGAGACAGUGAUGGACGGAUGACUGAUGAGAGAGACUUUAUCAAAAAAAAAAAAAAAGGAUAUACAAGGAUAAUUGAGGGCUUGAGAGCCAUCAAGAACACCCGCUCUUUUACUUUGUGUUUUUUAUUUGAAACCUGUUUUGCUUCUUUCCUAGAGGAACAAAAAAUCAGUUUUAUGUAUCUUUGUAACUUGACCCCUGAACUGAAGUCUGCAAUGGUGCUAGUUGUUGACUCACUUUGACCAUGUGUUGUGCUACAAUACUCUCCUUAUCUAAUCCAAAGGAAAUCUUACAACCCCUGUAACCCCACUGUGUUAGACUGCCUCUGUUAUUUUUUUCUUCCAGCCGUCUCUUCCAAACACAGUGGCUAUGAAUAUGGUGUACUUCUAUAUUGUGCGCUUUGAGUUAUGUAUGAGUAUUUUAUACCUUUUUUAUCGUCUUGUUCUUCCAGCCGUGUGUUGGGCGGAAUUUCUGAAUUUUUAUGUUGUUGUUUUUUUGGCACUUUGUUGGAAUAUAAAUUCACACAAAUAAGCUAAAUUUGGUUCAACUCAACCAAGUUCCCUCCAUGAAAGGAUUUCCCUCCUGCCCACGUUUUGGCAUCUGACCAGUGUUAAUUGUUUUAUCUGUAACACGAUGGAGUCAUGCCUAUGGGACUAGCACUAGAAGACUGAGUUUGUAAUAGCAAUAAAAUAAAAAUAAAAAAAUAAUUAAAAAAAAAAAAAACAGAGCAAAUAUAUUGUCAAACACAAAUUAAAAAAA